AUGCCUCGAUCGGCUGCUGCAAGGACAAACCUUGCAGGCCACCUCACAGGAGGCGGUCAGCCCCCGAGGGAGGGGGCCAGGGCUUGGGAGCGGCUGGCCCUUCACCGCUGGAUUCGAGACGGACGGAUUGACCAGUUACCAAAGGGCGUCCGGUAUCUGGUAGAGUGGAAGGAAGUGCAGCCCGUGUCGGGGCUGAGCGAGUAG